GUGCAGGGAGUUGAAAUGGAAGGAGGAGCUGUGUUUGGCCUUCUGUCUUGUCUUACAUUUUCCAUUCCGCUGCCCAAAGGGAAAGGAAGGAGUGAGGGAAUCUCUGAGCACAAAGAAGACGACUAAAAAUCAUUUGAUCACUUCUCCCGUAACCCAAGAAAGACUACUCACUGAAAGUACAAGGAACCAAUCAAAGGCGAUAGAGAGAGAGAGAGAGGCCCGAUGUUGACAUAUCUUCUGUCACUGUUCUUAGACAGUCGUUCGUUUGUUGUGAGAGGCGUUCUUCUAUCUCGGAUCUCUGUCCUCUCCCUUUCGUUGUGGUCCAGGGGAUCGAAGUCCUUAGAUCUGCAGCUGUGUCUCCUGCCAACGCCCAACUCCAGAUGCCCGGCUCUUCUCGGUAGCUCUUUUUGAUACCAAAAGUUGGACCUUUUUGGCCGAGACUUCGUUGUUCGCGGUGGCGAUACUGGCCCUUGGCUUGGGUUGUCGUCUCCUGGAUCGCUGUAGCCGUUGCCGGCCCUCAAACGGGUGGGGCACCUGGGAAGUUGGCGUUUUUCCAUGGCGGAAGGCCCGCGGCCGCUGGGAUUUUGGAUGUUCCGCGUUCUGAUGUUGAAUCCGCUGCAGCGAUGUCCGCGAGAUGGAUGAGAGGGAGGGGCGAUGUGGAUUGAGCCUUCAGAUAAUUUACUUGCUGGAUGCUUCAGCGCCGAUGAACAUUUCUGCAUCCAGGAUUUGAUGGGAAUUACAUCCAAGUGGCUGUAGCCUAUUGCUAACUGGACUGCUCUAGGAGUCCUUUUUAGCUUGCAAUAUAGCCAUACAGGCUUUCCACGAUCAUCGCAGCAUGUCCUGGUCCCCAAGUCAAUGCCAAAAUCUGUACUAAAGGAAUGGCAACAAAAGUGCAGAAUAAAAAUUACCUUCCAGGAUAUUGUUCCAUGCAGGAUAUUAAGGAGGAUGCAACAAGCAGUUGGUAUACUUACUUUCAGGAUAAGAAAUCAAGUGAGUAUCUCCAUGAUAGUUACAUACCAAAGCUGGUGAAUGGAUACUCAGGGCAGGAUAAAGAAAUGUUAAAGCAGAUGAUGCUUGAACAUGACACCAUAUUUAGGAACCAGGUAUUUGAACUUCAUCGUCUUUAUAGAAUACAGAAAGACUUGAUGAAUGAGUUUCAAACUAGAAGGUUUUAUCAGCCUUCUAUGGUGGCAGAAGCAUCACACUCAAAUUGUUUAUCUCAAAUGCGAACAGAAUGCACUGGAGGAAUGUCAGAUGUUUCUCACUUUACCAUAGGAAAUACCAGCUAUGGACAGACACCUGUUGCAUGCACUGAGAGGCUUCACGUCAAUUUUACAAGGGAAGGCAGCACUCAAUCUGAUCAUAUCCCAUUAUCAAAUGAUGCUUCUCCAAAGGGCAUCAAGCAACUAGACUACAGGUCUCAGAAGAGGAGAACGUUUGACCUUCAACUGCCAGCUGAUGUAUACAUAGACAUUGACGAUAGUGAUGAAUAUGGGCAGACAAAUAUCACUGAGCCAUCAUGUAGUUCUAGUAUUCUCAAGAAUGGAACUUGCUCUCUCUAUUCUGAGAAUGAUGUGAAGCUCACUCUAGCGAGUAGUCACGGAGAAGACCAUUACACGUCGAAGUCACCAACACAAGUCAGUGUAUCAGCCUGCAGCACAGUCGAUAUAAGUAAAUCUACAACAGAAAUGUGUUUUGAGAGACCCGCAAACUCUGCGUUUGUUCAGUUACUUGGCUUCAAGACACACAGUGAAUGUAGCCAAGGGCACCAUUCUUCGGUGAGAUCAAAUACACUUUUUGUGGAUAGGCACAGUGAUCAACAGGCUACUUCAGAGUUCUUGUAUGCGAAUGUACACACAAAAAGAGAAUGGCCAUUCUCUAGUCAUGAAUCUGGUGUGAAUGGGAGCUCUGUGUUUUUUCUCGAUCAGACAUCCUAUAAUUAUGAUGUCUCAACAUCUAGAGCAUUACAAUUGAACACUAAGAGAUGUGGCAGAAGUUUUUCAUUUGAUUGUAAUAACCCGGAGAUACGAUCUAGACAAGAGUCAACUCAUGAUGUCCAGGCACCUGUAAGGGCCCCUCACUUUACCUGCUCAAAUUCAGGUCUGAUGUCUCCUUCAAUGCCUUCUUCAAUCACAAUUCCCCAGGCUGAUUCAACCAGUUAUGGAUCUUCAUUUAUUUCAUCUUGGAGAAAACCUGCCACCAGCAUAAGCAACGAGACACUUGCGAUUCAAACACUUCCAUGCUGCAGUGGAUCAUCAAAUCCUAGUAAUGAGAUGUUGAGUUCCAAGGUAGAUGCUCAGAUUCCUAUUCCUUGUGAAUGGUGGCAAUAUGGUAGGAACCUGACCACAAGCCAAGAAUCUGGUUUUGAUGUCUAUCGGACAAAUGGAUUUCACCAUGGUUUUCGACCAGAUUCUCAUUUUGUACUACAUUCAAAAGUUGUAUCUAGUGGGCCAGACCAGACCGAUGAUAGUAAUGAAGGUCUUCAUGAUUAUACAUCUGGAAGCUGUGUAAAGGGUUUUGCAAGCAGAGAUUUGAAAAGUCCAACAAACAUGAACAUAAAUCAAGUAUUUCCAAGUGGUAUUGAAGAUGUUGAGGAUAAAUACGACAAAUUGUCAGUGGGUUCAUCUUGUCUCGGAAAGAAGAUAUCUUGUAAUUUGUCUGUUGGCUUGAACAAACAUGCCUCCAAAGUGGCUUUUAGCUUCUCAAGUGGACAACCUCAGCUUAAUUCCAGAUCUGAUGCCGUUGCUCCAGACAUUGGGAGGAAAGAAGAAAAGGAGCUAGAUUAUUCUCUCUGUAAUCUGCAGGAAGUCAUGCCAAGUUGUCAGUUUAAGGAUCACAAGAUGCAGGGAAAUGAAGUUUCUGAAAACAAUGGCGAAAAAAUCCUUCGUCUUUUUGUUCAUGAUAAAAAUCAGCAAAUUAACAUGUCUGUUUCUGUUGGACAUAUGGAAAAACAUUUAACUGACAAUACCAAGAUUAUGAUAAAUGAUGACAUGACCUUCACAGACUUGGGAUGUGAUCCAAAAGUCCUAAAAUCGCAGACAGAUAUUCAUGUUGGUGACUCGGUCACUGAAACAUGUCAUGGGGAGUGCAAAGGGAGCUUUAGGAAUCACAUCGAUCUGAAUGUUGAGUUAGCAUGUACAGAUUAUCCCAUAUCUUCAGUGAAACUACCUCAAGGCGAGAUAGUGGUUCAGUCAUCACACUGUAUACCAAGCUUUGGUGCAAAAAUUGCUUCUGACAUUGAUUUGGAGGCACCGAUAUCCCAGUACGAAAUGGGUAUCAUAAAUAAGCAGAGAUACAUCCCAUUAAGCGAGAAAGAUGGUUCAAAGGAAAAGGACUACUCUGUCGAUGCACUAAUUAGAUUCGCUGCAGAGAAUUUGGUUGCUAUUUCUAUAGAUUGCAAUGGAUGUUUGCCUGGACUUGACACCUUGUCUUGGUUUGCGGAAGUUGUAUCAUGCAGUGCAGAAAAUCCAAUGCUUCUGGGUAAUGUGGGAGAUGGUGGUACAAAAUCUUCAGAUGAUGAUGAUUUUGAUCUUUUUGAAGCCAUGACGCUGACCCUUGAAGAAAUUAAGGUGGAUCAGUAUUGGUCUAGACCUCAAGAGCUCGAUGACAAAGAUGUAAAGAAAGACAAAGGAGAUGCAGGUUUAGCUUCAUUGCUUCUCACAAAGCCUCGGCGUGGCCAGGCACGAAAGAGGAGGCAGCGGAAGGACUUCCAGAGAGAUAUCCUGCCAGGGCUAGCAACACUGCCAAGGCACGAAAUAACAGAGGAUCUUCGAACCAUUGGGGUGAUGAUGCAAGCAUCAGGUAGCCCUUGGCAGACAGCUUUAACAAGGACCAAAGGUCAGAAUCAAAUGACCUGCAGAGCAAAGGGAAGGAGGCAGCCUAGAAGUUUGGCCAUCACCAUCGAGGAGAUUCACGCAAGCCCCCCUCUGCAUCCACAACCCGGUAAUUUUGAAGUAAGAGUUAAUGACAGGAGCAUGAUCGGAUGGGGAAGGAUAACAAGGCGGCCGCGCAGGCAGAGAUGCCCUCCUGGCAGUCUCCCUCUUCCUCUAACUUAGGAGGAGCACCAAAGUUGCAAUGCUCUUUCCAUGGAGGAAUUCAACACUUUUGUUCUUUGGGGUGCAAAAGGAAUUAUUAUAUAUCGUCUUCAUAAGCUUGUAGGUUUCAGAAUAAAUGCUGCAUUGCUUCAUGAAGCUGAGAAGAUUCUGACUGAAGACUAGAGAAGUGAACUAGUUCAGUGAUUUCCAUGUAAUCUAAACUCAUUGUAAAACUGCUGAUUGAUAUGCUGCAUUUCUUGCACCUCCUCCUUGUUGCUGCUGCAACAAAUCAAAAUGCUUUUUUAUGUGGAUC